GGCUACGAGUGUGAGGACGAGCCCAUCGCGUGUCCAGUCAUUCGGUCAGUGGAGAUCUGGCUCAAUGGCAGCCUCGAAGGUAUGGAAGUAGGUGAGAUUGUUUUGGCUGUAUGACAUUAACAACAAAUGACCUCUGAGUAAUGUAGGUUUUCUUCUGAUUUCUGGAAUAAUAUUUGAGAGUCCGCUUUGGGCUCUUUCCGAUCUGGGGGGGGAGAAGAGAGAGACCCUCGCAAUACACUAGACCCUGCCAAAAAAAGUUAAUAUUCUCACUAACACCAUUUGAGGGCUGUUGACUUCUUAAGUCUGCUAUCAUCCAUGCCAUUUAGUUGAUGGUGAAAAAUUCAAUUUUGUUUCCCCAUUAAAGGAAGUUGCGGGAUAAUAAUCCUGACAUUAUUUUCAAUUUCUUCAGAUGACGGAAGUGACGCGUUUGCGACAGUCGCCCUGGCCUCGUGUGUUGCCAUCGCAUCUGUACUUGUGGUUCUGACCAUCUUCGUGGCGACCUGGCUGCUGCAGAGACACAGUAGCCGCAGGGAAACACAAAGUAAGGCUGCCCAGGGGGCGUGUCUCUGGGAAUGUACCAGAGCCGGCCAGCGGGCCAGUGUCGCGAGGGUGCGGUCGUCCUGGGUGACACAUUGACACCAGAAUGGAAAAAGACACACAUUUCACAAAAGUUCAUUUUAGUUGGUUCCAUAAAAGAUGGCAGCUAAGUACUAUAACAAAGUGCAUGACCAACCCUAGUGACGCCACUGCUGCAGGGCAACACCUUUUAGUUUUUUAUAGCGUUUGACAAUUCCAAUGAAAACAGCAACUGCUUAUGACUUGAACAUCUAGAAGUAAUGAUAACUUUUUUCUUAUUUCUUAAUUUAUGUGUGGGGGUCGGUGGGCUGGGGGUGGGCAAUGCAUUCAACACCGGAACUAUUCCAUCUAUUUAUAAUCACGGUACAUGUAGAUAGACUAAAACAUUUUAGUCAUUUGAAAUGUCACGGAUAUUUUUGUUUGUUGGACUCGAACCAUGAUAGCUAUCAGUGGCGUAGCUAGGGUUAGUACCACCCCCACAGGGCCGUUGCUUGGAGGGUGCGGGCCUCGGGCAAGAAUAAUUUGGUGGGGCCUUUGACGUUACAUGUCCCGGCCGCUUAGUGUCCGAAAGUUCUCUUUUUUCUUUGUUACGGUAACAGUUGAAUUGCCCUGAACAGAGUAACGCAUCGCGGCUCAUUGGUUGAUAGUCUCAUGGCUGUCAAAAACACAAAUCUGAAUGAGUUCUAUGUUCUCAAAGAGAUUGUGAUGAGUUCUACGUUCUCAAAGAGACUGCGAUGAGUUCUAUGAUCUCGAAGAGCCUGUGGUGAGUUCUAUGUUCUCAAAGAGAUUGUGAUAAGUUCUAUGUUAUCAAAGAGACUGUGAUGAGUUCUAUGUUCUCAAAGAGACUGUGGUGAGUUCUAUGUUCUCAAAGAUAUUGUGAUGAUUACUAUGUUCUUAAGAGACUGUGAUGAGUUAUAUGUUAUCAAAGCGACUGUGAUGAGUUCUAUGUUCUCAAAGAGACCAUGAUGAGUUCUAUGUUCUUAAAGAGACCAUGAUAAGUUCUAUGUUCUCAAAGAGACUGUGAUGAGUUCUAUGUUCUCAAAGAGACUGUGAUAAGUUCUAUGAUCUCAAAGAGACUGUGAUAAGUUCUAUGUUCUCAAAGAGACUGUGAUGAGUUCUAUGUUCUCAAAGAGAUGGUGAUGAGUUCUAUGUUCUCAAAGAGACUGUGAUGAGUUCUUAUUUCUCAAAGAUAUUGUGAUGAUUUCUAUGUUCUUAAGAGACUGUGAUGAGUUCUAUGUUCUCAAAGAGACUGUGAUGAGUUAUAUGUUCUCAAAGAGACUGUGAUGAGUUCUAUGUUCUCAAAGAGACUGUGAUGAGUUCUAUGUUCUUAAGAGACUGUAAUGAGUUCUAUGUUCUCAAAGAGACUGUGAUGAGUUCUAUGUUCUCAAAGAGAUUGUGAUGAGUUCUAUGUUCUCAAAGAGACUGUGAUGAGUUCUAUGUUCUCAAAGAGAUGGUGAUGAGUUCUAUGUUUUUAAGAGACGGUGAUGAGUUCUAUGUUCUCAAAGAGACUGUGAUGAGUUCUAUGUUCUCAAAGAGAUUGCGAUGAGUUCUAUGUUCUUAAGAGACGGUGAUGAGUUCUAUGUUCUCAAAGAGAUGGUGAUGAGUUCUAUGUUCUCAAAGAGACUGUGGUGAGUUCUAUGUUCUCAAAGAUAUUGUGAUGAUUACUAUGUUCUUAAGAGACUGUGAUGAGUUAUAUGUUCUCAAAGAGACUGUGAUGAGUUCUAUGUUCUUAAGAGACUGUGAUGAGUUAUAUUUUCUCAAAGAGAUGGUGAUGAGUUCUAUGUUCUCAAAGAGACUGUUAUGAGUUAUAUGUUCUCAAAGAUAUUGUGAUGAUUUCUAUGUUCUUAAGAGACUGUGAUGAGUUCUAUGUCUCAAAGAGAUGGUGAUGAGUUCUAUGUUCUCAAAGAGUUUGUGAUGAGUUUUAUGUUCUCAAAGAGACUGUGAUGAGUGCUAUGUUCUCAAAGAGAUUGUGAUGAGUUCUAUGUUCUCAAAGAGACUGUGAUGAGUUCUAUGUUCUCAAAGAGACUGUGAUGAGUUUAUGUUCUCAAAGAGACUGCGAUGAGUUAUAUGUUCUCAAAGAGACUGCGAUAAGUUCUAUGUUCUCGAGAGAUAGUGAUGAGUUCUUUGUUCUCAAAGAGAUUUUGAUUGAGUUAUAUGUUCUCAAGAGACUGUAAUGAGUUCUAUGUUCUCAAAGAGAUGGUGAUGAGUUCUAUGUUCUUAAGAGACUGUGGUGAGUUCUAUGUUCUCAAGAGAUUGUGAUGAGUUCUAUGUUUUUAAGAGACUGUGAUGAGUUCUAUGUUCACAAAGAGAUGGUGAUGAGUUCUAUGUUCUUAAGAGACUGUGAUGAGUUCUAUGUUCUCAAAGAGAUGGUGAUGAGUUCUAUGUUCUCAAAGAGACUGUGGUGAGUUCUAUGUUCUCAAAGAUAUUGUGAUGAUUACUAUGUUCUUAAGAGACUGUGAUGAGUUCUAUGUUCUCAAAGAGACUGUGAUGAGUUUUUAGUUCUCAAAGAGACUGCAUAAAAAUAAGAUUAAUUUAUAGACGGUAGUCGGACUGCUGAUUAAACAUAAGAAAAUUGAGUGUUCUAACGCGUCAUCGCUAACUCAGACAGAGACAGGUUUUUACAGAUAAACAAAGAAAUGCAGGCCCUUACAUAUGUGAUUCUGUUUCGAUGAAAGAAAUUUAUUUUGUUAGGAUUAGACGAUUCACUACUCUUUUUGAUGUAGUGGCAUAAUAAAUUUUGAAAGAGAUUGUGAGCAACACAGUAACAGUAAUAUGUGAGCUCUUUGCCGUCCCCUUCCACGGUAAAAAUCCUUUACAGUUUACCGAUAAUGCUGGUCCUCUUAUGGGGGGGGGGGACGACCGUCACCCUGGGGCGGGCUGUCCUCUACGUACCACCUCCCACGCGCCUGAUAUCGUGUCUCAAUUAUUGCUAAGGCUUAAUUACCAGCAGCUGCGAUCUCCUUGUGAUCUACACAUGCGAACACGUUACAGAAAACAGUCGAUUGAAAAGUUCACAACUAUGGGCGUGUUCAAGGGGAGUCAUUCAUUCCUAAAUGGCAAAUUCUUGAUAAAUGUCUAGGUCGGGCUAUAGAUCUUACUUAAUGUCUAUAUCGAGCUAUAGAUCUUACUAAAUGUAUAGGUCAAGUUACAGAUCUUAUUUAAUGUCUAGAUCGAGCUAUAGAUCUAAUUUAAUGUCUAGAUCGAGCUAUAGAUCUUACUUAAUGUCUAGAUCGAGCUAUAGAUAUUAAUUAAUGUCUAGAUCGAGCUUAAAUAAGAUAUAUAUGUCUAGAUCAGCGGUUCUCAAUCUGUGGGUCGCGUCCCCUUUGGGGGUCGAACGGCCCUUUCCCAGGGGUCGCCUAAGACCAUAGGAAAACUCAUAUGCUGUAGAGCUAUGAGGUAGCAAAGAAAAUAAUUUUGUGGUUGGGGGUCACCACAACAUGAGGAAUUGUAAUAAAGGGUCGUGGCAUUAGGAAGGUUGAGAACAACUGGUCUAGAUCGAGCUAUAGAUCAGCUAUAGAUCUUAAUAAAUGUCUUGGUCGGGCUAUAGAUAUUACUUAAUUUUUAGGUGAGGCUAAUGAUCUUUCUUAUUGUCUAAGUUGAGUUAUCGAUCUUUCUUAAUGUUUUAGUUGAGCUAUAGAUCUUUCUUAAUGCUUUAGUUGAGCUAUAGAUCUUUCUUAAUGUUUAAGUUGAGCUAUAGAUCUUUCUUAUAGUCUAAGUUGAGUUAUAGAUCUUUAGUAUUGUCUAAGUUGAGCUAUAGAUCUUUCUUAAUGUUUAAGUUGAGUCAUAGAUCUUUCUUAUUGUCUAAGUUGAGCUAUAGAUCUUUCUUAAUGUUUUAGUUGAGCUAUAGAUCUUUCUUAUUGUUUAAGUUGAGCUAUAGAUCUUUCUUAUUGUCUAAGUUGAGCUAUAGAUCUUUCUUAAUGUUUUAGUUGAGCUAUAGAUCUUUCUUAUUGUUUAAGUUGAGCUAUAGAUCUUUCUUAUUGUUUAAGUUGAGCUAUAGAUCUUUCUUAUUGUCUAAGUUGAGCUAUAGAUCCUUCUUCUUGUCUAGGUUAACCAACAGGACACUAUGACCUGCAUUUCGCCGAUCUCCUAGGUUGACGUAUCGGAUGUAUCAGAAAAGAAUUUGUUCGACGGACAUUUGUUUACAAUUAUAGUUUUUACUAACGUCAGUUUGUUCGAAUACAAAUGUUUGUUUGUUUGUUGUUGUUAAAUACAAAUGUUUGUUUGUUUGUUGUUGUUCAAUACAAAUGUUUGUUUGUUUGUUGUUGUUGUUAAAAACCAUAUUCCUUUUUUAAAUCCUUUAUAUGCACUUCACUUUUGUUCGCGGCUUGUUGGCAAAAAGCUUCGAACGGCUAAUUGACCCACUUGCCGCCAACCUAUCGAGUUGAAACUUGGCACGUAGACUCGUUGCCGAUGACAACCCAUUCUUUCAAAUAUUCAGCCCAACUCCCCAACCAUAAACCCCCACAAAGAGUUUUUCCUGUUCUUCAAUGAGAAGAUGAGGGAAAUAGUAUGACGCUGAUUUCUUGUAAUAAAAUUCCCGAUAACUGCGCUAAAAGAGAUUUUUUUAAAAAGAUAUCGCAAGUGCGUUUGGUGCGUACUAUUACUCUUUUGUUUGAUCUGAUGUAGUUGGUGAAAAAUAGCUGAGGUGUCAAAGCGGGGGCCACAUUCGAAUAUUAAUAAUGGAGUUCAGGGGCGUGAAAAAAAAUGUGCGGUUGCGAGCCCGGGGGGGGGGGGGUGAGCACUAAGGGGGAUUCUUAUAAAGUGCAUUACUUAUAUGCAUGUUUUGUCAGAUUUUCCACCCCACUCUCAAUGGGGGCAACAUUCGAAUUUUAAUAAUGGGGUUCAGGGGCGGAAAAAAAAAUGGGGGGUUGCGGGCCCGGGGGGGGGGGGUGAGCACUAAGUGGGAUUCUUAUAAAGUGCAUUACUUAUAUGCAUGUUUUGUCAGAUUUUCAGCCCCACUCUCAAGCUUGCUCGAUGUUACAUUGUAAAAAAAGGAUUUAUUCGAAAAACGUUGUUUUUAGCAGUUGUUAAAUUAAAUGUUUGUCAGAGGUAGGUGUGGGGGAGGUGUGUGGGAGGUGUGGGGGAGGUGCAGGGCAGGUGCGGGGGGGGGAGAAAUGGGUAACAAUUAAACAAAAAAACUUUUUACAAAAAUAUUUCUAAUUUUCUUUCCGUGAAAUCAAAAUAUAGCAUAUACCAUAUUUUAAACUAAUGAUUAAAAUAUGAUUCAACAUAAUGUGCGUGUGUGUGCGUGUUUGUCCCGGAUUGUGUGUCCGUGUGUGUUUAUUAAUGUGCGUCUAUGCGUGUGUAUCUGGUGUGUGUGUGUGCGUGUGUACUUUCUCUGUGUAUGCUUGUAAAAAAUGUUACCGUAGUGAUGAACUGGUCUUUGAUUGGAUGUUCAGUUAAUCAAUUUGAUUGGAUGUUCAGUUAAUCAAUUUGAUUGGAUGUUCAGUUAAUCAAUUUGAUUGGAUGUUCAGUUAAUCAAUUUGAUUGGAUGUUCAGUUAAUCAAUUUGAUUGGAUGUUCAGUUAAUCUAUUUGAUUGGAUGUUCAGUUAAUCUAUUUGAUUGGAUGUUCAGUUAAUCAAUUUGAUUGGAUGUUCAGUUAAUCAAUUUGAUUGGAUGUUCAGUUAAUCAAUUUGAUUGGAUGUUCAGUUAAUCAAUUUUAUUGGAUGUUCAGUUAAUCAAUUUGAUUGGAUGUUCAGUUAAUCUAUUUGAUUGGAUGUUCAGUUAAUCAAUUUGAUUGGAUGUUCAGUUAAUCAAUUUGAUUGGAUGUUCAGUUAAUCAAUUUUAUUGGAUGUUCAGUUAAUCUAUUUGAUUGGAUGUUCAGUUAAUCUAUUUGAUUGGAUGUUCAGUUAAUCAAUUUGAUUGGAUGUUCAGUUAAUCAAUUUGAUUGGAUGUUCAGUUAAUCAAUUUUAUUGGAUGUUCAGUUAAUCUAUUUGAUUGGAUGUUCAGUUAAUCUAUUUGAUUGGAUGUUCAGUUAAUCAAUUUGAUUGGAUGUUCAGUUAAUCUAUUUGAUUGGAUGUUCAGUUAAUCUAUUUGAUUGGAUGUUCAGUUAAUCUAUUUGAUUGGAUGUUCAGUUAAUCUAUUUGAUUGGAUGUUCAGUUAAUCUAUUUGAUUGGAUGUUCAGUUAAUCAAUUUGAUUGGAUGUUCAGUUAAUCUAUUUGAUUGGAUGUUCAGUUGAUCUAUUUGAUUGGAUGUUCAGUUAAUCUAUUUGAUUGGAUGUUCAGUUAAUUAUUUGAUUGGAUGUUCAGUUAAUCUAUUUAAUUGGAUGUUGAGUUGAUCUAUUUGAUUGGAUGUUCAGUUAAUCUAUUUGAUUGGAUGUUCAGUUAAUCUAUUUGAUUGGAUGUUCAGUGAAUCUAUUUGAUUGGAUGUUCAGUUAAUCUAUUUGAUUGGAUGUUCAGUUAAUCAAUUUGAUUGGAUGUUCAGUUAAUCAAUUUGAUUGGAUGUUCAGUUAAUCAAUUUGAUUGUAUUCCUUUCAUCCUCAGACCCCAGCUCAAUGAUUGUCAUCAGCCAAGCGUCGAGAGAACUGGAAGUGAAGUUAACGUCGCAUUUCUGUAUGUUUUUGGGAGAACUCUUUCAAACUGAAGUAGCGUGUGAGUGUCCUGCGAUGGACAGCGGCGAUACGGUCAACUUAAUGACCACCAAUGACAACAGUCGUAGUUCACUGCUACGGAGGGGGGACAGCGAUGGGGGCAACUACCUCUGCGCCAUACACUUGCUUUUUUCCUACUCCACCCAUGUCAACUACGAAGCAAGCACUUCUGUCUGUCUCCUUAAUCAAAAUAGCAACAGCCUCGGAUUACAGUCGGACUUGGAUGAAAUAGUUUUCAAGGGAAAAUCCCCAAACUCACCUAAGACUUCAUCUAAGUCUACAUGUAAGACUAAGAGUAAGACUUCAUCUACGACUACAUGUAAGACUAAGAGUAAGACUUCGUCUGGUCUCAACACCGUCGUUGCCCUGUUCACCAACGACCGAGUCACCAUAAAAUCAAUCAGUCCUUUUGCGGACGCGCUGACCAAUGAUGAGCAGAUAACGGUGAUGGAGGAGAGGUUCUGUCAUUCCAGUUCAGCCCCGCACGAUGCCCAAUCCAUGUACAACAGGCCAGAUCUCUGCCCCGUCACCACUCACGGCCACUACGCCAACGUCUACUACCUGCCGUGGCAGAUGAUGGACCUCUGCAAAGAGCUUUGCCAUACGUUUCCGGAAUACAAAAACAUCCGUUUGGACGGUGAGGGCGUUCUGAGCUCGAGCCUUUGGGUCGUCAUCAGAGGGCUGCACGACAAGGCUUCCGAGAAUCAGCCGAGCAAAGGAGGGGUGUAUGGUUGGAUUCGAGAAAUCCCAGAUCCGGUGGCGAACUCGACCUUGACCCUCUGCAGUUCUCUGUUGGAGCCGGUCGCGCCGCUCGGCAGACACGUGCCUCGACUUCCGGAGUGUGACGAGACGAUGGCGUCCAACGAGGGUUCCUUUUCUAACUUAUCCGAAGCCGAGCGCCAACUGGGAGGCAGUCAGCGGGGCGGGGUCAGCAUCCGGAGUUUCGAAUGUCCGGCCAGUGCUGGGAUUCGUCCGAGUCGUCCGAGCUGUCCCGAUUUCUUCCAGCUCCACGGUGAGGAGAGCAUGACCGGGUCCUGCCCGGAUCUCCUCGUCUCUGCUGCUUUCCCACAACCUCUGAAUGGGGAGCACUCCCCCGCAUCGCACAUACCAGACGACUUUAAGGCCCACAUUGUACCGCCGACACUGUGACCCGAGUGUUCACGGGCGUGCUUUCGUUGUCCCCGUGCCGUUAUCGUGACGGACGCUUAUUGACCAUAACGGAUCUGGCAUGGAUCAUGACGGAUGUAGCAUCAUCACGCCUGACUGGGCCCCACGUCGAAAGAGUCGCCGGGAUUUUCACUGAGUCACUGC